CGCGUGGCUCCGCGCCGUCUGAGCAACUUAGGCCGUGCACUGCGCGUCCACGCCAACCAGCAGCAGCGUACAGGUAAAAUCUUUCUUUUUUUCGCCUCACUUUCGGUUCUCCUCCCGACCGACCGCGUUUAUAAGGGCUGGCACCCACCGGCACGUUCCCUUUAGCCGAUAGGCAGGAGGUAGACAGUACGACGGCGCGGAAAGUGUUUCGGCGCGUGCACAAGUGGCGAUCAUGGCAGACCACGCGGGAAGCACUCUGCGCUUGGGCGCGAUGAUGUUCUUGGCCACGGUUGUGUCCUGGACGUCGGCGGAACCUUCCUGCUUUCAAAUAGACGGCCACAAGUACCGGCGGCUUAUCUGCCGAGAGUUCGAGUCUCCCGAUGACUUCAAGAAGCACGUGCCGCGAAGCGAAUCGUCCAAGGAUACCUGGUUCCUCCUCAUCGACAGCGCCCUGGACCGCCUGCCUCCAGCCGCGUUCGCCGGUCUCAACGUUUCGGAGCUGAUCCUCAGCAACGUCACUCUGAGCUCGCUGGACGGGCCGGAAGGUGGCGAGGGACCGUUUUCGGGCCUCGAGCAAUCGCUGCAGAAGAUGGUCUUUCGGAGAGACAGCACGCUGCCCUCUUCGUGGUCGCUGCUGGGCAAGAUGGCCGCCCUGCAGGAACUGCACCUCCAGCGUUACGUGAACCUGAACCUGACGCGCGACUUCGGCAAGCUUCCGCCCGGGCUCAAGCUGGUGUUCGUGUUCGACUCUAUCCUGAACAACGUGGACAACGACUGGCUCGCGGAUCUGAACGACCUGGAGACGGUCAUCGUCCGCGUCACCAACCUGCCGGUCUUCGCUCGCUCCAUGCUUCCGAGGCCUGCGCCCAAGCUGAGGACACUGGACCUGGCCGAGAACAACCUUCGCGCAUUUCCGCGAGGACUCGGCGACGAUCUUCCUGCACUGCAGUUCGUCAACCUCGAGGACAACCGAAUCACGACGCUCGACGAAAAGGACGUCGCACCUCUGCACAGGGACUCCGUGAUCGUCCGACUCAUCGGCAACCCGAUCCACUGCGACUGCCGGCUGUGGUUCCUUCUGGACUACACGGACAGAUGGCACUACUUCCUGUGCCGGUCACCCGAGAUCCACCAGGGACGUUACAUCAAGAUGCUGUCGGAACCGGAGCUGCCCUGCGAAUACGAGACGCCCCCCGUGCUCGCAGACGGCGUCCCUGUCGUCCCCGUGCCUUCCGCCGCGCCUGCGGCUGACGCUUCGCCGCCUGCCACUCAAGCCACGUCUUCGGAGAGUCCCUCCUCUUCCUCCUCCUCAGCGCGAUAAAAGGAGUUGCAUGCGAGCAUAAAUAUACCAAAUGUCUGAGA